AUGGCUUCAGUGUUGAUGCAUCAGCUAGAGCUAGCACACAUCAAGGCAUAUACAACCAGAGGUAGCAACAAAUCUUUCACGCAUCAGCGUGUGCACUUUCAGGAAAGUCAGAAAAACCGAGUCGAGGAUGAUGGCGAGGACACUUGUGCAGUGGAGGGUGAUGAUGACGUUGGCGGGGAAGUGGAGGAAAUGAUAUUCAAGGGGUUGACAUUUGCGAUAUUCGAAGUCGAUGACGCUGAGGGCCUAGCUAAAAUUAUCAGGGAUUACGGAGGGAAGGUGAUAUCAGAAAAUGCAUGUGAAAUUGCUGACGUGGGCGUCGUGCCUAUGCUGGGCUGUCAGGGGGCAUGCGCUGCUCGAGAAAUUGUUACAGAAGCCUGGGUGAACAUUUGUGUGAGUGACAGUCAGCUGCAUCCAUACAAUAUGUUGGAAGUGUUUCAUCCACUCACCAUCCUUCCACAUGUCACUCCAUUAAACAACUGUGUCAUUACUAUCAGUGGCAUAUUGGACAUCGAGAGAGGAAUCAUCACAGAUGUUAUUACCUUACUUGGAGGAAUAGUGCAGGAUUGUUUUGUUAGAGUGGCCAAGGAGCCCUACCUGGCAUGCACCCACCUCAUUGUCAAUUCCAAUGAAGGUUCCAAGUAUCAGGCUGCCGUCAAAUGGAAUGUGCCUGCUCUUCAUAAGAGUUGGGUGUUUGAAUGCGGUCGCACUGGCAUCAAGGCGCCUGAGGAGCAAUUCAGAAUUUGUAAAUUCAUCGUCGAUGUUACUCAGCAAGAAACCACUGAAACAAAAAUGAAGCCGAAAGGUGGUGGUGGUAGCGCUGCAGAUCCAUCGCCAGUCAUGCAGUGCUUCUCAGGCCCAACUGGGGAAUCGGCAAGGAAGAUUGUUGAAACUGUUUCACACAUUCAUCAACCUGGUCAUAAUGCAUCAACUCAUAAUCAUAAAAACCGCUCCACGCCUAACUCCAACACAAAAUCAAUCGCAAUCCUGAAUAGAAUUGAAAUUAAUCUGUCAAAAAAUCAUAUUGGUAUUGGAUGUGAUGCAAAGGAAAAUGAUAGUUUUCCUGAUUCACCCUUGCAAAACUGCAGGAUAAAGGCCCUCAAAGAAGUGACAAUGAAACAUGCCUCUCCGACAAGUGUCAACAAGGCAGCAAAUGAUGUUGAUACACCAAGCAAAUUCAUCAAUAAUAACUUCCAGCCGAACUUUAACAUACAAGAUCAAUCCCCUGUUCCUGAUGUCAGAAAACAAUUGAGGACCAGUCUGCCUCUAGAGGAAGUGUUUGCAGAGAACAUUGGUCUGGCAAUGAAUAACAUCGCAUCUGGCCAGUCUCACGAUGAAUCAUUCACACAAAGACGGCAAGGUGAUGAUGGGCUUGAAGUUGUUCAAGAGGAAAGCAAGAAACCUUUAGUAGGAGUGAUCAUAUCCGUUGCAAAGAAGUUGAGCAAGAAUCAGGCUGAGUACAACAAAUUGGCAGUGAUGUUGGGAGCGCAGUACAGAUGGAUGUACACUUAUGAGUGCACUCACUUCGUUUUUCAAGGCAAGUUGAAUGAUACAAAUCGAGAGUUUCGAACAGCUAGAGAACAAUGCAAGCAGAUUGUUUCACCCUUCUGGCUUGUUGCAUGCAAUGAGCACCAGUCAAGGCUCGAUGAAUCUUUGUAUCCACACACUCUUCAACACCCUGUACCUCAUAACAUGUUGGUAGGCAGCAGCAAGACGCCCAACAGGAUGCCUGCUAGCCGAGUACUAUAUCCCUACCAAUCGCCAUUAAACAACUCCUUCGCCACUUCCAACCGCCCUUCGCCAUCCAACAAUGGUAUGAACACCCCCACACAGCCUGCCCAACAUUCAACAACGCCUGCUGCCCAAAAUCCAUCAUCUCAUACAAUGAGAGAAGACACACAAACGACCGAACUUCUUGAUGGCUUGAAAAAAAUUAAUGAAGCAUCAAAAUCUGUAAAGAUGAAUAAAGUAAAAUCAUUUGACAAUCAGGAUGGGUCGGUUGACAAUGUUAAGUCUGCUUUGUCGCGAAAUUCCAGUUCUGAUGACAUUGACGUGAAAGGAAGUGGAGUCAAAUCCUCGAAACAGUCGGGCAGUAAACCUCCAGAUAAGUUGAAAGAUGCUCACACGCAGGCCUCACAGGUUGAAGUUGUCUGGGAUGAUCCAUUCGUCAGCAGACCAGGUUCGGAUAUAUUGCCGAAGAAUGGUAUCGAACCGAUUAAAUUGCCCAAUGAAGAGAUGAAUCAAUCAGCUGUCACCGAAACAGAAAAGGAUAAUUUGAGAACUGUUGAACCGGGAAAACGUGCAGAUUUGAAAAAAAUACAACGUGAAUAUGUUUUCAAUUUCAGUGGAUUUAAAGAUCAAGACAAAAGUAGCUUAGUACAAAUUGUUGAAUCUCUGGGAGGCUCGUGUGUUGAUGCAAAUAGUAGCUCUCCAUGCAGCCAUCUCAUCACAAGUACAGCUAAGCGUAGUGAAAAGUUUUUGGUAUGUGUGUCUGUUGGAAAGUGGAUCUUGCAUGAUUCUUACCUGCAUGCCUGUAAACAAUCUCAAUGUUUCGUUGAAGAGGCUCCUUACGAAUGGGGAUCAGACGAAAUUUUGAAAUUAUACCCCGAUUUGAAACCGCAGGAAUUUAAACUGGCUCGUGCUGCUCGCCGGUGGAGGCUAGCACUUCAGGGUUCACCAUCUCAAAAAGAAGGGGCCUUCGAUAGAUGGAAUUGCUUGCUCUUCAUUAACGCUAAUAGAGUCGAUGGGUUUGCUAGACUGCUGCAAGCAGGAGGAGCUCAAGUUUGUGCUAACAAACUGCCUUCAUCGUUAAUAGGGAUUACACAUGCUUUCAUUGAAACUAAAAACUGCCCUGUUAAAGUAGAUUUCAAAACAUUGGUUGAUGAAGGAAUACCGUGCCUGAAGUUCGACUACAUUGUUAACUUUCUAACAGACCACCCACCUCCUCCGUUCCAUCUUUUUUAUGUCCAAGAAGUUGAGCUUCCUACGAGAGCCGAUGACAACAAAAGAAAAAGAUCCAGGCUUGAAAGUCCACAAGAUGUUCCAUUAAAGAAGAAGCAGUAGUUAAUUAAGCUUCCCGUAGAACUUAGCAUUGUUCAUGUUUUUAAAUGUAAAUAAACAUGCCAAGUUUUUAAAUGUAAAUAAACAUGUAAAUUUUUAUAGUGCUAUAUAUUAAUAUUGUGCUUAUUUAUUUAUCAAUAUAUGAUUCAAUGUUCAGAUUGCGUAUUUUGGGUGUGCAUGUCUGGACACAGUUGUGAACAUUUUAUCUCUAUUGAAAUUUUCAAAAGUUGAUAUACUACAUCGGUUAAAACUAAA